UUUAAUGAAAGCUUCCUACGCAGAACUUGUUGCUUUUUAUUCGUAAACAUAACUAAGAAAAGCAAGCAAUGAUUCGAGCAAUGACUCGAAAUUGAAGUUUCUCAAAUCAAUAUCCACCAUCUUAGCUAUCUCUAGGUCUGUUCAGGAAACUUAUCGUUACUUUCAAGAGUACUCUACGAUACUGAAGACCAAGGCAAUGUUCACAUUAAGGAAAUCAUCCACGAACCUUGUAAACCUUGUUGAAGCCUCCAUAGUCCAUCUCGAUUUUAUGAAGAGUAUUCAUGAUAUGGAAAAACUUUAUCGAGGUCAAUUUCUUGCCAAUGCUGUCAGACGUUAUGAAAAUCUUUGGCUACCUAUGAUAGCGAGUGUCGGUGAAGAUUCUUCUCAAAUGGCCGCCCCAUUGGAUAUCGAGUGGGUUUGGUACCUACACAUGCUCUCGCCCCAUGCCUAUGAGAACGACUGUCAGAGACUGGUGUCCAAGUUUAUAGAUCACAAGUGCCAGACAAAUGAACAGAAAAAAAUGGCACUAGAGAAAUCGCGUUGCAUCUGGGAAAGACUUUAUCCCCAGGAGCCAUUUAUUGCUGACUCGGAAAAAUUUUCCCAGGAUUCAACUGUGCAGUCGUCAAAGCUUUCGUGUGAUCUCUACCGAGAGGCAAUGAAUGAAAAAAUGUUUUAUUACCAGUUGUCUAUGCCACAUUACACCGAUCAAAAAUUUCUUUUAAACGCAGUAAAACGCUACCGGAAAUUUUUAAACCUUCAUUCAAGCGGUUCGAAUGAAUUUUUUUGCCCAACAUGUGAUAUAAAACUGAUUUGGCACGUGCAUAAGGCGCACCCACGGAUUUACCGUAAGGAAUGUGGUAGCCUCGUUCUUUAUCAGGAUAUUAAAUCUCAUGGUGAAAAUGGACUGGUUGUCUCUACGGUAGCAAUCACAGAGGAGCGCUGGUUCAUGACAUAUGGAGAUACGUACUUACUUGCAGGCACCACGUAUCGCCGGGAACCACCACAAUCACAGGGUGCUCCGUGUGCAGGAGCUUGGAAUGAUCUUUCUGCGCCUAUUUACUCUUUAAAACUGAUUAAAGUUGCCGUUUGUAACUUCCUGAAGACAUUACGUACAUAUUAUCCAUCAGUGAGAACUGCGAUACAGUGGAGCACAUUGUAACUACGGUAACUGGUACGUCAUCAGAAGCACGUCAUGAUGGCUUCGUAACAUUUGCACUGUCCGCUACAAGUGCAGAGGCUCCAAUUGUGCUCAGUGUUAAACUGACUCUUGCUGAUACAAAGCAAUUCAAAACAAUCCCUUUGUUAUUUUUUCCGGAUUCUUUAGAAGCUGUUCUAAAAGAAAAGGACGACACUCGUGCCAAGGUCUCUAGGCGCGACUUUGAAAUUCUUCCUAUUCAUAGUGACACCCCUGGAAAAGUUUCACUGAUCUUUCAAGUUUUACCA